ACUGUACGUAUGACGUAGCUCGUUGCUGAUCGCCUGCUAGCUGGUUUGCUAACAAGAAAGAAGAUGGAUUCUCCCAUACUGGAACCAUCGCUGUACACUGUCAAAGCAGUCCUGAUUCUGGACAACGACGGAGACAGGCUUUAUGCUAAGUAUUAUGAUGAUACAUACCCGACAGUGAAGGAGCAGAAGGCGUUUGAGAAGAACAUAUUCAACAAAACACACAGGACAGACAGUGAGAUAGCAUUACUUGAGGGCCUCACUGUUGUCUACAAGAGCAAUAUAGACCUCUUCUUUUAUGUGAUUGGAAGUUCCCAUGAAAAUGAGCUUAUGCUCAUGGCGGUUCUAAACUGCUUGUUUGAUUCACUCAGUCAGAUGUUGAGAAAAAAUGUUGAGAGGCGGGCUUUGUUGGAGAAUAUGGAGGGACUCUUCCUGGCUGUGGAUGAGAUUGUAGAUGGAGGAGUGAUCUUGGAGAGUGACCCACAACAAGUUGUGCACCGUGUGGCUCUCAGAGGGGAUGAUGUGCCUUUGACAGAGCAGACAGUCACCCAGGUUCUUCAGUCUGCCAAAGAACAGAUCAAGUGGUCGCUUCUACGAUAGUCACUUCUUCUCCAGUCUGCCAGUGAGCCGCUGUCCAGCCCAGUCUUUGUGGCACUGAUCCAUAUACUCCUUUUCCCUCUGAUAUCUACUCCUUCAAUCAAAGCUGUGAGGAGUGCCGCUGGCUGAUCCAGUCACACUCCCGGGACUACUGCUCCACAAAGUUUCAUUUUGUUUUCCUUUUUUUCUUUUUUUGCAUUGUGUGACAUAAUCAACACAAUUAUAAGAUAUGGUGUACAUUCCAGUAUCAGCCGAUUAUUUGGGUGUUUAUUAAACCAGUGUAUCUGUUUAUAAAACAUUGAUAAACCUCAUCAUAGCCUCCGGCAACAUUCCACGUGUCCUUUUGAACAAGAAUUUGUGCCGUUUGACAGCACUACGUAGUCUUACUGUACAAAGUAUUGAGGCACUGUCUCUACCAUUUAAUUUACAUGAAUAUUGUGAUUUAAAAAGGUGUACAACCUGUACUGUAGUCAUACCACUGAUCACAGAGGUGUGUUUUGGAAAUAUUUUGUCCGGGGAUCUUCCAUUAUGCAGAUACUUAUAAUAAAUGUUUGCUGACACCGA